AAGACUUGAUCAAAUGGCGGUUUACAUCUCUCCUCCUCUGUUUCCACCACCCACACGAGUCUCGAUUCUUUCUCUGUUUGUAAAUUUCUCUUUGAUUUACACUUGUAACAUCUUAGUCUCAGAACUAAGACGUAAUCAUUUGCAUACCUUUGCCUUUUUCUCUUAUUUUGUUUAUCCAGAGACCCCCUCUCCUCAUUUCUUCUUCACCCUCUCUCAAAUUCACCUGAAAACGCAUGUCGAUUUGAUUAAAGAAAUUGCUAUUCUGGAGUAUUCAAUGAUUUUGAGAUUUGGGUUGAAAUCAACAUCAAAUUCAGUUUUUGAUUGUUGGGUUUCUUAUAUUUAAGCCGCUGGAUUUCAUUUUCUCGUAAGGGUCAUUUGUUUUGAUCAAAUUUGAUUGAAUGUGUACGAAGAAUCUCAUCAAAUUCGGGCUUUGAUUAUUGGGUUUUUUGAGUUUAUCUCUUUGAAUUUCAUUCUGUCAUCUGGGUGAUUCUCUUUUGCUUGAAAGAAAUUGAGAAAUUAUGAGGGAAGGGAAAUUAGGGUUUGUAAUUUGUGUUUUGUUCUUCUGGAUGUUUGAAUCUACAUUGGGUAGAUUUGUGGUUGAGAAGAACAGUUUGAGGGUGACUUCACCUCAGAAUUUAAAAGAUACUUAUGAAUGUGCAAUUGGUAAUUUUGGUGUUCCUCAAUAUGGAGGAACAUUAGCUGGUGCUGUUGUUUUUCCAGAUAUCAAUCAGAAGGCUUGCAAGAGCUUUGAUGAUGAUGUGUCUUUUAAAUUCAAAUCUGGUGCUGGCCUUCCUGUUUUCCUUCUUGUUGAUCGUGGCGACUGUUAUUUUACCUUAAAGGCAUGGAACGCACAGAAAGCUGGAGCUGCCGCCAUUCUUGUUGCAGAUGACAGGCCCGAGCCUUUGAUCACCAUGGACACACCAGAAGAAGAAAAUGCACGUUAUGAUUACUUACAGAACAUAUCCAUCCCUUCAGCACUCAUAAGCCAAGCACUUGGGGAGGCCAUAAAACGAGAACUAAAUAAGCCCGAAAUGGUAAAAGUGAAUCUUGAUUGGAGAGAAGCUCUUCCUCAUCCGGAUGACAGAGUUGAGUAUGAGUUUUGGACCAAUAGCAAUGAUGAGUGUGGGCCCAAGUGCGAAAGUCAAAGAGAUUUUGUCAAAGAAUUUAAAGGGGUGGCCCAAAUUCUCGAGAAAAAAGGGUACACACAAUUCACGCCACAUUAUAUCACGUGGUAUUGCCCUGAGGCUUUCAUUUUGAGUAAGCAAUGCAAGUCUCAAUGUAUUAAUCAUGGAAGAUAUUGUGCUCCUGAUCCGGAAGAGGAUUUCAGUCUAGGGUAUGAUGGGAAGGAUGUUGUUGCACAAAACUUACGGCAGGCGUGUUUCUUUAAAGUGGCUAAUGAAAGUGGAAAGCCAUGGCUUUGGUGGGAUUAUGUGACGGAUUUUUCUAUUCGUUGCCCAAUGAAAGAUAGACUGUACACCAAAGAUUGUGCCGAAGAAGUAAUCAAAUCACUUGGGGCUGACCUGAAGAAAAUAAAUGAAUGCGUAGGCGAUACAGAAGCAGACAAGGAGAACUCAGUGCUCAAGGCUGAGCAGAACGCACAGAUAGGUAAAGGUAACCGUGGAGACGUGACAAUGCUACCAACUCUUAUAAUAAACAACAGACAGUUCCGGGGUAAGCUUGACAAAGGAACGGUUCUGAAGGCCAUUUGUUCAGGAUUCGAGGAGACAACUGAGCCAGUCAUUUGUUUAAGAGAUGGAAUUGAAACAAAUGAGUGUAUGGAAAACAAUGGUGGAUGCUGGAUGGACAAAUCAUCAAAUAUCACAGCGUGCAGGGAUACUUUUAGGGGGAGAGUGUGCCAAUGCCCGAUUGUGCAGGGUGUAAAGUUUUUUGGCGAUGGUUAUAAACAUUGUGAAGCUUCGGGAGCUCUGCGCUGCGGACUUAACAAUGGAGGCUGUUGGAAAGAUACCCAGCAGGGCAGGACUUAUUCUGCUUGUAUUGAUGAUCAUACUAAAGGUUGCAAGUGUCCAUCAGGAUUCAGAGGGGAUGGAUAUAAAAAUUGUGAAGACAUAGACGAAUGUGAAGAGAAGACCGCUUGUCAAUGUUCCGACUGUAGAUGCAAGAAUACGUGGGGUAGUUAUGAUUGUCAUUGUGGUAGCAAUUUGCUCUACAUGAGAGAACACGACACAUGUAUAAGUAAAGAUGCUAAGCCGGGAAUUGGCUGGGGAUUUGUGUGGGUUAUCAUUCUUGGUUUAGCAGUUGCUGGUGCCAUAGGAUAUGCAUUCUACAAAUACAGAAUCCGGACGUACAUGGAUUCUGAGAUCCGGGCUAUCAUGGCACAAUACAUGCCAUUGGAUAAUCAAGCCGAAGUUGCAGUUCAUGGAUCACAUGGAAACGUCUAAAGAAAACCGCAGCAACAAAAUAGAAAAGAAAAGAUAACAAUUUUAGAAAAAACUGACAUAUUGAUCCGAAACCACUAUCUAUUGGGUUAACGAUGCAUAUUAUACACGUUAUGCACAUUAAAAACACUCGAUCUGCAGAAAAUUUGCUGAUCUACACAUCUAAAUUCAUCAAUUAGAUUCGUUUGUAAGUUAAGAUGUUAUUAGAGUAAUAAAUGGUCGACUUUGUGGAU